CUGAUCAGUGGUGGUUCUAUUGUAAGUGCUGAGGCAGUAUGGGAUCACGUCACCAUGGCCAACCGGGAGUUGGCGUUUAAAGCAGGAGACGUUAUCAAGGUCCUGGAUGCUUCCAACAAGGACUGGUGGUGGGGUCAGAUCGAUGAUGAAGAAGGAUGGUUUCCCGCCAGCUUCGUGAGGCUAUGGGUGAACCAAGAAGAUGGAGUGGAGGAGGGAACCAGCGAUGUGCAGAAUGGGCAUUUGGAUCCAAGCGCCGACUGCCUCUGUCUCGGCAGGACCGUUCAGAACCGAGACCAGAUGAGAGCCAACGUCAUCAAUGAAAUCAUGAGCACGGAGCGCCACUACAUCAAGCACCUCAAGGACAUUUGCGAGGGUUACUUAAAGCAGUGCCGGAAGAGGAGGGAUAUGUUCAGUGAUGAACAGCUAAAAAUCAUCUUUGGUAACAUCGAAGAUAUCUACAGAUUUCAGAUGGGUUUUGUCCGGGACUUGGAGAAACAGUACAACAACGAAGACCCCCAUCUCAGUGAAAUUGGACCAUGUUUCCUUGAACACCAAGAUGGCUUCUGGAUCUAUUCGGAGUACUGUAACAACCAUUUGGAUGCAUGCAUGGAGCUUUCCAAGCUGAUGAAAGAUAGCAGGUACCAGCAUUUCUUCGAAGCGUGUCGUCUAUUGCAGCAGAUGAUUGAUAUUGCCAUAGACGGUUUCCUUUUGACGCCGGUGCAGAAGAUCUGCAAAUACCCCCUGCAGCUCGCGGAGCUACUGAAGUACACCGCGCAGGAUCACAGCGACUACAGGUAUGUGGCUGCUGCUCUCGCCGUCAUGAGGAACGUGACCCUACAGAUCAACGAGCGGAAGCGGAGAUUGGAGAACAUUGACAAGAUAGCUCAGUGGCAGGCCUCCGUUCUGGACUGGGAG